AGAAGAGCUCCCGGGGACACCAGGCCUUCUGGGUAGGCCCUGCUGUGAUCUGUGAGCUGUAGUACUGUCAGGGGCGUCCAGGGCCCGGCGAUGCCCGACCCCGCGGCGCACCUGCCCUUCUUCUACGGCAGCAUCUCGCGCGCCGAGGCCGAGGAGCACCUGAAGCUGGCGGGCAUGGCCGACGGGCUGUUCCUGCUGCGCCAGUGCCUGCGCUCGCUGGGCGGCUACGUGCUGUCGCUGGUGCACGACGUGCGCUUCCACCACUUCCCCAUCGAGCGGCAGCUCAACGGCACGUACGCCAUCGCGGGCGGGAAGGCGCACUGCGGCCCGGCCGAGCUCUGCCAGUUCUACUCGCAAGACCCCGACGGGCUGCCCUGCAACCUGCGGAAGCCGUGCAACCGGCCGCCGGGCCUCGAGCCGCAGCCCGGGGUCUUCGACUGCCUGCGCGACGCCAUGGUGCGCGACUACGUGCGCCAGACCUGGAAGCUGGAGGGCGAUGCGCUAGAGCAGGCCAUCAUCAGCCAGGCCCCACAGGUGGAGAAGCUCAUCGCCACCACAGCCCACGAGCGGAUGCCCUGGUACCACAGCAGCCUGACCCGCGAGGAGGCCGAGCGCAAACUCUAUUCCGGCCAGCAGACCGACGGCAAGUUCCUGCUGAGGCCCCGGAAGGAGCAGGGCACAUAUGCGCUGUCCCUGAUCUAUGGGAAAACUGUAUACCACUAUCUCAUCAGCCAGGAUAAGGCUGGCAAGUACUGCAUUCCCGAAGGCACCAAGUUUGACACGCUCUGGCAGCUGGUGGAGUACCUGAAGCUCAAGGCGGAUGGGCUCAUUUACCGCUUGAAGGAGGCCUGCCCCAACAGCAGUGCCAGCACUGCAGGUGAGGGGGGCAGAGGCAGGAGGCAGGCCAGCAGGCAGGAGGCAGGCCAGCGCGCAGGAGGCAGGCCAGCGCGCAGGAGGCCCGGCUCCCGUGCUCACUGUUCCUUCUGCUCCCCAACAGCUGCUGCACCCACACUUCCAGCCCACCCUUCCACAUUCACUCAGCCUCAGAGACGUGUUGACACCCUGAACGCAGAUGGAUACACCCCUGAACCAGCGCGCAUAGCAUCCUCAGAGAAGCCGCGGCCGACGCCCAUGGACACCAGCGUGUACGAGAGUCCCUACAGCGACCCUGAGGAACUCAAGGACAAGAAGCUCUUCCUGAAGCGAGAGAACCUCCUGGUGGCCGAUAUCGAACUUGGCUGCGGCAACUUCGGCUCCGUGCGCCAAGGAGUCUACCGGAUGCGCAAGAAGCAGAUCGACGUGGCCAUCAAGGUGCUGAAGCAGAGCACGGAAAAGGCCGACAAGGACGAGAUGAUGCGGGAGGCGCAGAUCAUGCACCAGCUGGACAACCCCUACAUCGUGAGGCUCAUCGGCGUGUGCCAGGCCGAGGCGCUCAUGCUGGUCAUGGAGAUGGCGGGCGGCGGGCCGCUGCACAAGUUCCUGGUGGGAAAGAGGGAGGAGAUCCCCGUCAGCAACGUGGCGGAGCUGCUGCACCAGGUGGCCAUGGGCAUGCGGUAUCUGGAGGAGAAGAACUUCGUGCACCGGGACCUGGCAGCGCGGAACGUCCUGCUGGUGAACCGGCACUACGCCAAGAUCAGCGACUUCGGCCUGUCCAAGGCGCUGGGCGCCGACGACAGCUACUACACGGCCCGGUCGGCGGGGAAGUGGCCCCUGAAGUGGUACGCGCCGGAGUGCAUCAACUUCCGGAAGUUCUCCAGCCGCAGCGACGUCUGGAGCUACGGGGUCACCAUGUGGGAGGCCUUCUCCUACGGCCAGAAGCCCUACAAGAAGAUGAAGGGCCCCGAGGUCCUGGACUUCAUCAAGCAGGGCAAGAGGAUGGAAUGCCCGCCCGAGUGUCCGGCCGAGAUGUACGCGCUCAUGAGCGACUGCUGGACCUACAAGUGGGAGGACCGCCCGGACUUCCUGUCCGUGGAACAGCGCAUGCGCAGCUACUACUACAGCCAGGCCAGCCGGGCCGAGGGCCCGUCGCCGGCGAGUGAGCAGGCGGCCGAGGCUGCGUGCGGCUGAGCAGCCCCCCCGGCUCUCCACACCCCCCGGGCCAGGAGGCCCCGCGCCCUGGAGCUCCAGACCUCAGGCCCACGGCGCUCAGACGGUCCCCGCCGCGUCCUUCCCGCGUGGGCUGGGGCUGCCGCGGCGAGGCUCGGCGUCCCGAGGCCCCGGGCGGAGAGGCCGUGUGCGGGGAGGUCUCGUCUGCUCUGCUUCCGAGCGGAAGUCCCGCAGGGGCCGCUGUCACUGGAAUAAACCGCUCUUUGCUCGA